AUGAGUUCUUGUUACAAAGCAGAAAAAUCAAUUUUAUGUUCAAGGGGUUGUGGUUUUUUUGCAACUCCAAGCAAUAACAACUUUUGUUCCCUAUGCUACAAAGCUUUUCUCAAAGAAGAAGAAGAAGCCAAGAAGAAUGUAGCAUCUUUAUCUCACCAGAUGUCUUGUAUUACUCUUGAUGAUAUUGAUUCUGGUAAAACUAAGAACGUUGAUUCGACGAUGAAGAUUAAGCAGAGAUGCAUGAUUUGCAAGAAGAAAGUGGGAUUAACAGGGUUUAGCUGUCGAUGUGGAGGAGGAAUGUUUUGUAGGGUUCAUAGGUAUCCAGAAGAACAUGCAUGCACUUUUGAUUUCAAGUCUAUUGGCCAUGUUGCUUUGGCUAAGGAAAAUCCUUUAUGCAAAGUUGAUAAACUUGAGACUAGGAUCUAA